GAUAAAAAGUAAUUAGAUUGUUAGACAUCUUUAUUAUUUAAAAUUAUUACUUGUCAUAUAUAUCUUAAUCACAUUAGGUAAUUCUGUAUGCUUUAUUUAAGGAAAUAAUAUAUAAUAAAUUUCAAUUUGAUAAAUAAAUAAUUCAUAAUGAACAUACUAUAUAAUAUAACAUUCUCUAGCAAUUUAAUUUUGGACUAACAAAAUUCUCAAUUGAUUCUCAAGCCGCAAUGUAAGCAAAAUUGAUAUUCUAAUUAAAUGACACUUAAGCACGACUCAUUUUUAGUUAUAACUUUUUAAAUGUUUCUCAAUUAAUAUAUAGUAGAUUUUUCGAGACAGUUAUUAAUGACUGAAGAUUACAAUAGAAAAUGCAGUAUAACGUCCUAUAUAAAAUACUACGUGACAUAAAUUAAUAAUUUAAAAAAAAAUUAAGUUCUGAUCCAAUUAUUUUUUAGAGUAAUAUAUCUAUAUAACUUAAUAAAAUAUCACGAUGUCGAUGUUAUUUAAUUAUAGAGCCUGUGUCUGUCUAUAAAAUGGAUAUAAAUUUUGACAUUUGCACCAAAAAGUGGUAUAUGUAGCAAUGAAGUGUUACGCUAAAAGUCACGGUUGAUGAUUUUUGUGUUGUUAGUGUAAAUACAUCUUUUAUAAAAUUAAAACAAAAUAAUGACCAAAAUAUCGUUUUCUAUGAAAACUCAUGAUAAAAAUUAUUCACAGACGAUAUACAAAAUUUCGAGAGAAUUUAAACGUUUUUAUAAAGCUUAAUAUAUAAUAUUGAACUGUUCAACGCCUUGAAAUAUUGAUAGCUACGUGAGGCUUAGCAUGUGUAUAUAAAUCAACCAUGCACUUUAUGAAAUUAUUCAUAUAAACAGCCAAAAAAAAAAGAAGAUAUGGCAAUUGAGAAGCAAGUGAUUGUUGGAGAGAUACCGGUCAGCCCGUUUUCACGGCUGUUCAGCAUGCCAGGCCUCGAUUGCUUCAACAUAGUCACCAUUGGAUUCAAAAACGAGGCCAGUCCAUCAGCCUUUAUAGAAGGCUUGAAGAAUACUUUGCUCAACCAUCCACGCUUCUCUUGCAUACUAGAGACAGGUUCUGGUGAACACAAACCAAGAUGGAUUCCCACAAACGUAAACGUUAAAGAUCAUGUAGUUGUUCCGAAUAUAGAUCCCACGAUUGAAAACCCUGAUCAAUUUCUAGAGGAUUAUACAUCAAAUAUGGUUUUUUCACCAAUUGAUGUGUGUAAACCGUUAUGGGAGAUACACAUACUCAAUAUUAAAACAUCAGAUGCAGAAUCUCUCCUUGUGGCGAGAUUUCAUCACUCCUUGGGUGAUGGGAUGUCACUUAUGUCUCUUUUACUCGCUUGUAGUCGAAAAACAAGUGACCCAGGGGCAUUACCCACUUUGGUUGCUCAAAAAAAGAGCAAAGUAACCAAUGUUGUUUGGUGGUCGUUGGUUUCUCGUUUGUGGUUAAUAAUAAAACUAAUGUUCAACACUGUUGUUGAAGUUUUCAAGUUUCUGCUCAUUCUAUGCUCCGUCCGUGACAACGCAACUCCUCUAAUGGAGAAACCAAGGGCUACACUUACCCCUAACAAGUUCAUUCACAGAGUCAUUAGUUUGGACGAUGUGAAAGUCGUGAAGAACGCAAUGAAUAUGACUGUGAAUGAUGUUAUUCUUGGAAUGGUGCAAGCUGGUCUUUCACGAUAUCUGAGUCAAAAAUACGACUCGGAAACAAAUCCGAAGUUAAAGAAAUCUCUAGAAAAUAUAUGUCUUCGUGGUGUUGUAUUCUUUAACCUAAGAUCAAAUAAGAAAAUCGAGGAUCUUGCUAAAAUGAUGGAGAAAGGUUCGACGUCAAGAUGGGGAAACUCAAUCGGUUAUGUUAUGAUUCCGCUAUGGAUGAAAUCUGAAAAUGAUAUAUUUGAAUACAUCCGACGAUCUAAAACUAUUAUGGAUCGAAAAAAACUCUCUCUCGAACCUCUAUUUUCCUAUACGUUGUUCAAAUUGACUGUGGAAGUUUUUGGAUAUAAGGUGAGUUUGUAUAUCAUUCUUAUUUCGAUCAUGUUUGAUAUAUUAUAUGUGAUGGUAAAUUCAAACGGAUUCAUUUGGACGUGUGGGUGGAUAACAGGCACUAAGAACUCUUGCAAUGAGAAUUUUUGGUCGCUCAACAGUCGUAUUGUCAAAUGUUGCCGGUCCGACCGAAGAAAUAAGCCUUUUCGACCACCAAAUAUCUUAUGUUGCCGCAAGUAUAUCUGGUUUUCCACAGGUAUGACCCAAAAGGCAAAUAAUAUAUCCUUGAUUUAUUUUGCAAGUCUAGUAAUUCUAAAAUGGUCAAAAAGAAAAAAGAACGGAUGUUAAACUAAAUUUAAAUAAAAAAUGUUUUAAGAAAUGACUGCAACUUGAGCUUAAAAGUUAUUAUAAAGUGAUAUUUAUUUGGAUGUUUAGUUAUGUUUUCUGUAAGUUACCAUUAAUUGGGUUCGAACGAGAAUGAAACCGCACAUAUAGACAAAACUAACACUGUGUUUUUAUUGGACAAGGCGCUCAUUGUCCACAUAACAAGCUAUGUAAACAAAGCUAUCAUCAAUCUUGGAGUUGAUCUCGACGUAAUUCCAGACCCUCAUCACCUUUGUGAUCACAUAGUCGAAGCUCUUCAGAUUAUGAAAUCAGCUGUCGAAGAAGAAAUUUCUGCCGAUUUGGGCGUUUGAAACGAAAUGUCUGAUAAUGCUUUUUGCGACAGUAAAAGUUCGACGUAGACAUCUAAACGAACCUAGUCACAAAAAAGUCGCAUCAGUUCUUCAUUUCCUAUGAUACGAGUGUUUUCUAUGUAUAACUAUUUAGUCUAUUUUCCAUUCAUGUGUUAUUUAUAGCCGAACAUUUAUCAUACCUUGCCAUCUUAUCUACGAGUGGGUGUAAUAUCUAUUUCUACAGUUUGUAUAUUGAUUAUAUGGAUGAAUAACUUACAAUUCAUUAUACUCGUAUUUAUAGUUUUAAAAUUCAGUAUUCUAAUUUUCCAUUUAGAGUAAAUUUUUGAAUAAUUCUUGGGUUCACCAUUUAAGGUGAAUGUCUAGGUUCACCACAGUCAUAAUAGUCAAUAUCAUGUAUGUUUUUGAAAAAAAAGUAACAGUAAUUACUGAAAAGGAAAUAUUUUUUUUUAAUGUUGUUAACGCCGUGAGUAAAACCCUAAGCUCUAAUCCUAGACACUAAACUCUAAACUCUACACCCUUAAAUAAAUUCUAUAUUCUUGGAUAGAUCAUAAAUCUUUGGAUAAAUCAUGAAUCUUUGGAUAAAUUCUAAAUCAUAGGAUAACUUCUACACCUUAGAGUAAACCCUAAUAAGUGAAUUUUAGGGUUUAGGACUUACUCAAGGGUUUAAAAUUUAUCAAAGAGUUUAAGAUUUUUUCAAGAGUUUAGAGUUUAAUGUUUAUGAUUUUUCCAAACGUUUAAGGUUUAAUGUUUAGGAUUUAAAGAAUUGGUAAUUACUAUUAUUUUUUAUUUUUAUUUUAUUUUUUGAUUUCAAAAACUGACAAAUUUUUAUUGGUUAUUAGUAAAUCUAGAAAUUAACUCAAAGGAGCGAAUCCAAGAAUAACCAAAAUAUAUUAUCUAUUAAUGACAUUUUUCCUAAUCCUCCGGAUAUCAAUCUUGAUAACAAAGCAAUCCGCCUUGUGUCUAUGAUGGUCACUUCGUUCGGCCCAACGAAUUUCACACUUUAGUAAUGCACUGAGAUUUAAGUUAAUUUCAGAAUCAACUCUUAUCAUUAAGGAAUCGAUACAAAAAAAAA